GCGAGACGAGGCGGGGAGGCGCGGCGGCGCGGCUCUAACAGGUGGGAUCCCGAGGCGAGGGGGCGGAGGAGGCGGGCGGCGAGCACAGCGACGGCCGGAGGAGGCUCCAGCCCAACCGCCGGACCGUCCCCCCAGCGCCGCAGCCCGGCCAGCCUCGCCUGGUCCCGCCGGGCCGGGAGCAGCAGCAGCAGCCGAGGAGGAGAAGCUGCCCCCCGCGCCAGCCGGACUCCUCCUCCGCCGCCUCCUCCUCCUCCUCCCCGCCUCCGCCGCGCCAGGCAGGGCGCAGCAGCGCUCGCUCGCCCGGCCGGGACAGGACUCCCUCGGCUCGCCCGCCAUGCCCAAGCCGCCUCCGCCGCCGCCGGCGCCUCCGCCGCUGCUGCGCUCGGCGGGCGGGAACCGCCCCGGGGACAGCGAGCUGGGCCGGCAGUUCCGGGACUGGUGCCUGCGCACCUACGGCGACUCGGCCAAGACCAAGACGGUGACCCGGAGCAAGUACCAGCGCAUCGCCGAGGUCCUGCAAGGGGGCGGCGGCGGCGGCAACGGCGGCGGCGGCGGCAGCGGCGGGGAGAAAGGCAAGUUCCAGUUCUGGGUGCGCUCCAAGGGCUUCCGCCUGGGCAACGGCCCCCGCGAGCCGCCGGCCGCGAAGAUGGGACCCGGGGUGGUCUACGUGCCGGUCAAGACGGGGACGGGGGCCGAUGGCCUGUCGGAGCCGGAGGGCGUCGCACUCAAGCGCGUGGCGGUGGUGGAGGACUUCUUCGACAUCAUCUACGCCAUGCACGUGGAGAGCUCGGCCGAGCCGGGCAAGGCCCCCAAGCACGCCGGGCAGAAGAAGACCUACCGGGCGAUUGCAGAAACCUACGCCUUCCUCCCCCGAGAAGCCGUGACCAGGUUCCUCAUGAGCUGCACUGAGUGUCAGAAAAGAAUGCAUUUUAACUCCAACGGUGUGGAACCUAAAGAAAACGAACCGCCUUCGUCGCUGGUCUCGGGCAUCAUUGAUUACAACAUGCCCCUCACCUCCACUUACCUGAAGCAGAUGAAGCUCCGAGUCAUGAAUUCCCAGGAACAGGAUGAGACCUCGGUGAGCAGCAGCGAGGAGUUUGACAUGAAUGACUCCACAUGGAUGUCAACUGAUCAGCAGCUCCAGGCCAGCCUCAGCCCCCCUCAAGAAGGAACCAUGCGCAGCCCCCCAAAUAUCCACAGCCAGGAGGAUGACGACUCCUCUUCAGAGAGUUGCAGCGGGAACGGCUCCUCCACGUUGAACCCGUCCACCUCCAGCAGCACUCAGGGCGAUGCCACCUAUGCCGAGGUGAACGGCAAUGGAGCAGGCGCCCCCAUGGACUUCAGCGCCUCGUCGGAGGACCAGCCCAUCAACCUCUGCGACAAGUUGGCCACCGCGCACGUCACCGCCACCUACCAGUCGGACAGCUGCAGCGCCGACGGCCUGCGCAGCCGGACGAAGUAUGGAGCCAAAAGCACAACAGAGUCCCCUCCCUACAGCUCCGGCAGCUACGACUCGGUCAAGACGGAGGUCAGCGGAUGUCCCGAAGACCUGACCGUGGGCAGAGCUCCCACUGCCGACGACGACGACGAUGACCACGACGACCACGAGGACAACGACAAGAUGAACGACUCAGAAGGCAUGGAUCCCGAGCGGCUAAAGGCGUUCAAUAUGUUUGUGCGUCUCUUCGUGGACGAGAACCUGGACCGGAUGGUACCCAUCUCCAAGCAGCCCAAAGAGAAGAUCCAGGCCAUCAUCGAAUCCUGCAGCCGGCAAUUCCCGGAGUUCCAGGAACGAGCGCGCAAACGCAUCCGCACUUACCUCAAAUCCUGCCGCCGCAUGAAGAAGAACGGCAUGGAAAUGACCAGGCCGACCCCUCCUCACCUGACCUCAGCCAUGGCCGAGAACAUCCUGGCAGCUGCUUGUGAAAGUGAGACCCGGAAAGCAGCCAAGCGGAUGCGGCUUGAGAUCUACCAGACGUCGCAGGACGAGCCAGUUUCAGUCGACAAGCAGCAGUCCCGGGAUUCGUCCACCUCCGUCACGCAUUCGUCGUACUCACUGCCAGCCUCCUCCUCCUCCUUCUCCCAGGAUCCCGUCUACAUCAACGGGAGUCUGAAUUACAGCUACCGCAGCUACGGGACGCUGGGAGGCACUUUGCAGCCGACUCCUCCACUCCAGACAGGGAAUCACAGUAACGGCCCUACUGACCUCAGCAUGAAAAGCGGCACGUCCAGCACCACCCCCCCUGCCAACAGCACGAACCGGGGGGUGCCGGCCGCCCAGCUCAGCCCAACCGAGAUCAGCGCCGUGCGGCAGCUGAUCGCCGGCUACCGGGAGUCUGCCGCCUUUCUCCUCCGCUCGGCCGACGAACUGGAAAACCUCAUUUUACACCAGAACUGACUGCUCGCCUGCCUGGGGGCUCCUGCGCCAGAAGAGACCGUUGUCCAUCACCAUCACCCCUCGGCCCAGGCGUUCUCGAUCAAUCUGCUCAGGACUGGCCGAUCCUCUGCCGCCAUCACCGCCCCGGCCAGGGUUGGAGACCCCGAGAGAUUCCUUUUUGUUCUUCUUCGACCUGGAGCCCCGGGGACCCCAGGAGUCUUCUGCCUUUGAAAGCUGACCGAGCCGGUGCCCUUUGCCACCCGGAGCCGGCCUUGCAGUCUGGAAAGAUGGGGACCACGGUGGUUUUGGGGGAGGAGGAGGAGGGGGGCUCGGGCUGGCAGAGAGCUUGAGGCAGAGUCAGGAUUUUCUUGCGGAGCCCGGCUACUUUAGACACCCCUCUUUCUUCCCCCCCCCCGUCCCAUCUUCUUUCUUAGGAAUUGCAUAUUUAUUGAGAAAUGCACCAGUCCGGUCCCUCCAGACCUUUCCCAGUCCCUCCAGCCCCCCGGUUCUAUUCUCCUCCUUCCCCAUAAUUUAUUUUUUUUUCCCUAAAAAAAGAAAAAAAAGAUUCUUGAGUUUGUAAAGAAUUGCCACUUUUUAUGUCUCUAAGUGAGGAAGGGGUUUGGUCCUGCAUCGUCUCACCAGCUGUCCCGCGAAGGGAGCAGCCAGGCGUCGGAAGCCAGCAGGGGAAAAGCCGGCGCUGCUUUGGUUUUUUUCCUUCCUUUGGGCCACUUGAUCCCCGCUUUUGCCCGGGGGGGGGAGGCACACUGGGGCCCGAAGCCAGUCUUGGAAGGACUUUCUGGGCUCAUUUUAGGGCCAAAGCACCCCGGCCUUCCUGCUACUCAUCAUUUCCUCGUCCUUACCACCACCUCCUCCCCACCUCGUCCUCAUCACUUCGUCCUCACCC